AUGGCUUCUGAGUACGACGAGCAUACACGCCACCUACCCCGCAUUCUUUGCCUCCACGGAAGCGGUACCAAUGCCCCCAUCUUCCAGAUCCAGUGUCGGCGUCUCUCUUCAUGCCUGCGGCCAUACUUUCGGCUCGUUUAUGCAGAAGCCCCUUUUGCCUGCCUCCCUGGACCCGACGUCGGCUCCGUAUUUGCAGACUGCGGGCCGUUCAAACGUUGGCUCCCCGACGAAAAGGAUCAAUGCCCAGACGCAGAAGUCGUCGCCGCCAUCGACACAUCCCUCGGUGCCGCCAUGAAGGAUGACACUAACGCCGGCGCCACGGGCCCCUGGGUAGGCCUGCUCGGCUUUUCCCAGGGUGGCAGGGUGGCCGCCAGCCUCCUCUAUCGACAGCAAAUGAAGGGGGAGAAUCAGGAGUCGCCGGUCUCAGGCGACGGAUGGCGGUUCGGGGUGGUAAUGGCUGGGCGCGGACCCAUCGUGUCACUAGAUCCGGAGACUUGUCGGUCUGCCCUGCUCGGGAGACCCAGGGCGGAGCUACCCGUGACUCGACAGGACGUGGAUCAGACCGAGGUCGCAAAGGGUCACCACUUGCUUAGGGUACCGACGUUGCAUGUGCAUGGCAAAUUCGACCCGGACCUCAAAUUUCACAAAGAGCUUCUGCACAUGUACUGCGAGAACGGCACGGCGCGGCUGCUUGAGUGGGCCGGCGAGCACCGGGUGCCAAUCAAGCCGGCCGAUGUCAAACCUCUGGUGGAUGGGAUUCUUGAGCUGGCGGCGGCGACGGGGACUUCAGUCUAG